CACACGGGAGAUUCUGAGCGGAGUGGCCGGGGGCAUCCUGCUGGUGGGGUCCUUGGUAGGCUACCUCAUAUACCGUAACUGGUCCUAUGAACAAGAACUUGCCAGUCUGCUGUGGAAGAUUGACUUCAAGGAUCUACAGUUUAGCGACAACAUGUACCCGUCUCAUGGAGGCCAGCGGGGCAAGUGCAACCCCUUAUGUAAGAGCGGCAGUCAGAUAUCGCUGACGUCCCAGGCCGACUUCGACACCCGGCAGCUGUUUACACACGUGGGCACAUAUCGAGGCACCAUCGUCGCCAUCAGGAAGAUCAACAAAAAACACGUGGAGUUAACAAGGAAUAUACGGAAGGAAUUAAAGAUUAUUCGGGAGCUGCGACACGACAACCUGAACCCCUUCAUCGGGGCCUGCAUCGACUCCCCCCACAUCCUCGUCAUCACGGCGUAUUGCGCCAGGGGGAGUUUACAAGACAUCCUGGAGAAUGACGAUAUGCAGCUGGACUCUAUGUUUAUCGCCUCCCUCGUAUUUGAUGUCGUCAGGGGUAUGAUCUAUCUGCACGACAGUGAGAUGAAGAGCCAUGGCAAGCUCAAGUCGUCCAACUGUGUAGUGGACAGCCGAUGGGUCCUGAAGAUCACAGACUUUGGUCUGCAUGAGUUUGUGUCGGGGGCUGAGGACGACAUUGGGGACUACGCCAUCUACCGAAAUCAGCUGUGGCGAGCCCCGGAACUCCUGCGGAACAAGCGCGCCCCCUGUCGGGGGUCCCAAGAGGGGGACGUGUACUCCUUUGCCAUCAUAAUGUUUGAGAUUUUCGGCCGGAAGGGCCCCUUCGGGAACACAGACCUCUCCCCCCAAGAAAUUGUUGAGAGGAUUAAGUUUACUUACAAUGGAGUUCCCUUCCGACCCCACCUGUCCCAGCUGGGCCACACCCACAAGUUCAUCACGGAUCUGAUCAAGGAGUGCUGGGACGAAGACCCCUUCAAACGCCCGGACUUCAAGGAGAUCCGGUCCAAACUAAAGCCCAUGCAGAAAGGGAUGAAAUCCAAUAUCUUCGACAACAUGCUUGCAAUUAUGGAGAAAUAUGCAGAUAACCUUGAGGCUCUUGUAGAGGAGCGGACUGACCAGCUGAUAGAAGAGAAGAAGAAGACAGAAGAGCUGCUUCAUCAGAUGCUGCCAAGAAUGGUAGCUGACCAGCUCAUGAGGGGCAAGCAGGUGGAGGCGGAGGCCUUUGACAACGUCACCAUCUACUUCAGUGACAUCUGCGGCUUUACACAACUGUCAUCUGAGAGUACACCUUCAUCUGAGAGUACACCUUUGCAGGUCAUCGACCUCCUCAACGACCUGUACACGUUGUUUGAUGCCACCAUUGAAUACUACGACGUGUACAAGGUGGAAACUAUCGGGGACGCCUACAUGGUGGUGAGUGGGCUGCCGAACAGGAACGACAGUCACGCCGGAGAGAUUGCCUCUAUGUCGCUCCAUCUUCUCGAGGCCAUUAAGAAGUUCCGAAUGAAGCACCGGCCGGACACCCUAAAGCUGAGGAUCGGGCUUCACUCCGGCCCCUGUGUGGCGGGGGUGGUGGGCCUGAAGAUGCCUCGCUACUGUCUGUUCGGGGACACUGUCAACACUGCCUCCAGAAUGGAGUCCAACGGAGAACCACUAAAGAUCCACUGCUCACGUCAGUGUGCCGAGCUCCUCCACAAAAUAGGUGGCUACAUCAUCGAGGACAGAGGCUUUAUCACGCUGAAGGGCAAGGGCGAGAUGAGGACGUUCUGGCUGACAGGGGAGGAUGAAGAGAAGCGCAUAACUCGGUUCAAGCAGCUCGUUCCUCUUGACACGACACCGCUGUCAUCAGCUGGGUCCUACCGGCGUCUGGUGGGGGUCCACUACAAGGAGCCCAACAGCCCCUUUCGAGAGCAGGGCUCCCCGGGGGCACCAGAAAAGGCAACACUGCCAAAUGGCACCACUGUAAAUAAUCAGAUUCCCUCCUUCCUUCACCCACAUGGGCUGUUCUCAGGGCCCAGCAGUGCAGAGUUGCUGCGCAGAUCCUCGUCCCGGCGACGGAGGCUCAAGUUUACUGUGGGUUCUGAAGAUGAGGAGAUAAAAGAAAACCAGAUGGAGUACCAAAAGUCAAAUGCAACAGUUGAAACGACACCACUCAUACUGAGGAAAACUGACACUGGGGAGGAAAAUAUGUUAUUUUCCAGAUGCACAAGUAGACUGUAGCA